CGACGAACCCAGUUGCGUCGAUGCGGCGAAACUUGUCGACGCCAUGGCUCCAGUGAGUGUGCUGCUCGAGUGCCAGGCGCCGUACACGGACUGGAUCCUCCGUGGCCGCAAGACAAUCGAAACGCGGCGAUACCCCUUCCCAAGCCACCUGCUGCACAAGCCGAUCUGGCUGUUGGAAUCACCGAGUGGAGUCGUGGGAUCGUCUUCGCUCCCGUCAGUCGUCGACUUGUCUGCAACACCUCGCGUCCGCGUCGUCGGGCGCAUCGUUGUGUCGGCAUCGUAUGAAUAUACUAGCCGUGCGCAAUGGGAUGCUGACGCCGAAAACCACUGUGUUCCUCCUGAUUCCGGCUAUGCAUGGACCGAGGGCACCGGCCAGUAUUUCGGGUGGACGGUUGCGUCAGCGUCCGCAUUGUCGCACGCCCCAACAAACCUGACGCACAUUUUGCGCAGCUACCGGUCCUUCUUCGUACCAGUCAUUCCUGUGCCAACUGUGGACCUUUCAGAACCAUUUCGCCCCGAUGUCCUUGCUGCCGUGGAGGCUCAAUGUGCAUCCCUCGGCUUCCUUCGCGUGUCGUGGUCGUCCUUCCCCAAAGACGUGGUGCGCAAUGCUCACGAUGCCAUGCGUCGCUUCUUCGACUGCGAUCUCUCUGUCAAGGAAGCUGUCACGUUGCCACUGUCUGCCACGACCUUCAAAGGCACACCGCGGCCGUACAAACCUACGGGCUACCGCGGCGUGCGUACGAUGCACAACGGCGAGGGCCGAGAGACAUGGAGCUGUACUCGACCGGACUACGACCCCGGCCACCCCGAUUUUGCCGAUCCAUAUUAUACCACUUCCGGUUGUCAUGUGUUUGCAACUCCGCCGAUUCCACAGGUGCUGUGGCCAGACGAGGAACAGGUUCCAGGAUUCCGCGCGGCACUGACGGCGUAUUACGCCGCGAUGGAUGCACUGGGCAAGGUCCUAUUUCGAGUGUUUGCCCGCAUCCUUCAACUGCCGGACGACGAAGCUCUCGUCAACUUGGCCCGACGACAUGCGAGCAGCAUGAAUGCAAGUCGACUACACCCGUCCGAAGACAAGCAAGGCGGCGGCGUUGUUCUCAUGCCGCAUGCCGACAUUACGUGCUUUACGAUUCUCAGCCAUGAUGCUGAAGGCGCUGGCGCAGCAUGUCUUGAAGUGCUUCAUCCACUCGCGAACCGUCCGACGGGUGACGACGACGAAGCGCGGGUUGUGUGGGUGGGCAUUGCUCCAGACAACAGCAGCAAAGGUGAUGAAGCCUUCCUUGUCAACGUUGGGCAAAUUCUGGAACGAUGGUCGAAUGGGCGAUUGAAGGCCACGUUGCAUCGAGUGGUGAAGCCUGUGCAUCCAUCGACGGUGGCAACGAAACGUCGGCAAGCGCUGGUGUACUUUCAAGUAGCCGACUACGACGCAGUCUUGACUCCAAUGGUGGAAAGAACUGACGACAACCCGUCGCGAUGGAAACCCGAGCGCAUGGACGCAUUCACAUCGACACGGUUUGGCCCGAUCGCGGACAAGACUCUGGACACUGUCGAUGCAUACGCGGUGUACAACCAAGACGUGAUGGCGCGUGACGCGUUUGUGCGCCUCGCUAGAGAGUCGUAGCAAUACCUUGAACAGAAUCCAAGAUGGCCAUGUCGCCACAGAUACCUGAUGGAGAAAGCGCUGCAUAAACGGAUUCGCUUUGCUGUUCAUGAGAAUGUAUCACCGGAGACCUGUCGAGACGCGUCAAGUCCAUGAAAGAAGGCACCUGGAGACCGUCUCAUGCAGCGAGUUCUGCGUUCAUCACCAAGAUUGCACUCAGAGCGCCGUCACUUUUACACGACGUCCUCGUUUCUUUCCAAGAGCUUGUAUCAUGCGUACUACGCGUCCAUGACCCCUGCUCGGCAUGGCGUCCUCGUCG